ACACACACACCCUCUGCUUCAGUGUUUCCUUCACGGUCCGCUAGGGAGCGCCAAUGACGCACAGUCGGUUUGGGAGUCACUACUGAGACCAGAUCUACAGCACUGUGGAAUUAGGAAGACUCCUCGCGCCUGCAUUGAUUGACGUGGCCAUGUCAGAAGAUCAUGCAUGAACAGACUGUUGUAAAGUCAAACCAGCCACAUGGGUCAGUUCACUUCUCAGUUAAAAAGUUACUGUGAAGUGGUCUCAAGUACUAAAGCAGUGCAGCGGAGUCUCAAGGCGUGUAGGCUUCUGUUGACUGUAACUGCAGCAGGGAGGAGACCAGCAGAGCCGGAGAAUAGCUCCUCUAUGAACGCCCUUCAGUCUGCCUGUGAAUCACAUUUUCCACCUACAACACAGUUGUUACUUCUGACUGGGCCCAGAGGCACACAUGCUACAAAGCCUUUCUUCUGGACUGCUGCACACACACUCAGCCUGGCGCAGCAACAGACUGUGGACUCAUCGGGAACUUUUAUCCACACUUAAAGUUUUCAGCUGAAGUUUGAUGCGUCUUUUGGCUAGAGAUCAUGAGCGGAGACCGACAGAAUGGAUUAAUCGAUUCUCCGCCACUUUUAAUCAAUCCACCCGCAUGGAUCCUUCAACUUAGAGACAUGAUCAUUGGUAGUUAUUGAUCAGUCGCUGUAAAGUGAGGAUUGAUCCGCGCUGACAUGGAUCUUCAGGUGGUUGUGUGGCUGUUCUACUGCCUUCUCCUGCCAACCGCGCUGUUAACAGCUUGUCUCCUGCGCUACAACGUUCUGUCACUGGUUUACUUCCUCUACCUGCUCCUGCUGCCAUGGUUCCUGUGUCCCAACAAACACACCAUCAGAGGUCACACAGGCCGGUUCAUCAGAGUCGUGUUCUGUACCAGUCUGCUAUUUGUACUGGCUCACAUUUGCUUCCAGACAGUACUAUACACAUACCCUCCCCUCAGCAUCGCCAUCAGUGAUAACUGUUCACAAUGGGACACCAUAACCAGACACAUAGGACUGUCCAGGCUUCCCUUGGAGGAUCCUUGGAGUGUGUUACGUCUCCUUUGUCCUGACCUGGGUGUGUGUGUGGUGACCUUGAUAACAACGAUCCUCUGCAGCAGACUGGUCAGGAACAGAGAAAUGGUGGCUGCUGCCAACAUCACAUCGCUAGAAGAUGAUAUCACAGACAACACUACAGAUGGAGAAGAGGUUGAUGAGGAAGAACAAGAGGAAGAGGCAUCAGAAGAGGAAGAAGAUGAGGAAGAGAGAUCAUUACCUGGUGACCUUGAAGAGGAGAUUUCCACAGUGACGAGAGCAAAGCAACUAGCUGAGCGUCUGAAGGCCACGGCCCGGAAAGCUCUGCGGGACCUGGGGAGGAUCUUAGCCAUCGGCCUGCUGGCUUUGGCAGGGAUAACGCUGCCCUCCGCCUUUUCUGCUAUCUACUUCCUGCUUUUUAUCGGUGUGUGCACAUGGUGGGCAUGCCACCUUCCCAUCAGUCACCUGGGUUUUAAUGCACUCUGUGUGAUGGUGGGCUUCUUCACAUCAGGCCACAUGCUUUGCCUUUACCUGUACCAGAGUCUGCUGUCCCAGGCUUUGUUCCCUCCACACACUCUGUGGGCCAGACUAUUUGGACUGAAGGACAUCAUCAUACAAGGGAACUGCUCUUCGCCCUAUGACCUCAACCUCAAUACUGAUCAUGAUUGGCCGGUUUAUGUCAACCCAGGAAUCCUGUUCCUCCUCUACAUCACUGUAGCAACUGUUCUAAAAACAGGAUGCCAUGGAACACCAAACCAGACUGAAGAGGAGCAGACACAGGACAAAAGCAAGGUGUUGAGGGUAGAGGAGGUGGAGAUCAUGCUCUCGUCCAUGGAAACAGAGAGCACAAGAGGACCAUCAGAUACUGCAGAGGAACAACAAGAUCUGGGUGUCAGUGGCGCCCCCGGUGGUCGACAGUCUGAAAGUCCAUUCUACCUGCUGGGAAAGGUGGUGAUGCAGCAGAGCUAUGUCUGUGCUCUCAUAGCCAUGAUGGUUUGGAGUAUUACGUACCACAGCUGGCUGACGUUUGUGCUGCUGCUCUGGGCUUGUCUUAUUUGGAUUCUGCGUGCCAGACGGCAUGCAGCCACGCUGUGCUCUCCAUUCAUUCUGCUCUAUGGCUUGGCUCUGUGCUGCCUGCAGUACAUCUGGGCCAUGGAGCUUGAGCCUGAACUGCCCACCACUGUGGGGACCAUGAGCCUCAGCCAGCUAGGACUGGACAGACCCCAGUACCCCUGUCUGAGACUGGGAGCUAUGCUUCUGUUCACCUUGACCUUCUGGCUGCUGGUGCGACAGUCUGUGAAAGAAAACUUCAGCAUUAGGAAAAAAAUAUUCACACCGCUUCUAGAAGUCACUACAGAAGAGGAGAAGGCUGGUGAGGAGUCAGUGCUGAAGGUCCUUGGAGGCAUGGUUAUGACCAGUUAUGCCAAAUACUGGAUCUAUGUGUGCGGAGGGAUGUUCAUCAUGGUUUCCUUUGCUGGAAAACUUGUUGGAUACAAAAUUAUCUACAUGCUGCUGUUCCUACUUUGCCUCUGUCUGUACCAGGUGUAUUACUCUUUAUGGAGGCGUCUGUUGAAGAUCUUCUGGUGGCUAGUCGUAGCCUACACCAUGCUGGUGCUGAUCACCAUCUACACUUAUCAGUUUGAAGACUUCCCUGGAUACUGGAGAAACUUCACUGGUUUCACAGAAGAACAGCUGGCAGCGAUUGGUCUGGAGACAUUUGCUCUGUCCGAACUCUUCACCAGUAUUCUGAUCCCUGGCUUCUUCCUGCUGGCCUGCAUCCUGCAGCUUCACUACUUCCACAAACCCUUCAUGCGAAUCACUGACCUGGAUCAUGUCACACCUUUACACAGGAAGAAGAACAGUCAGAGGCCUGAGCAAAUUGGCUCUGGUAAUGAAGGGGUUGACUUUGAAGAGGAAGACAUGGUGACCAACACUGAUGAGGAGUCUGAAGAGGAAGCGGAAUCCAUGCCCAGUAAAUGGGGUCUGGUGAUGGACAGGUUACUGGUGCUCUCCAGGAAGUUCUCGGACAUUCUCACAAAACUUCAAGUGUUUCUGUGGAGGCUUCUGGAGCUCCACAUCCUCAAGAUGGUCGCCUUCUUCUCCGUGUGGGUAGCUGUUGAAGAGCCAUCUGUGAUGAACCUGGUUCUGGUGGUGUUGUGGUCUCUGGCGAUGCCGUACAGUCGCUUCAGGCCCAUGGCCUCCUGUCUGUCGACAGUCUGGGUUUGUGUCAUCAUCGUGUGUAAGAUGUUGUACCAGCUCACUGUCGUCAACCCCGAGGAGUACUCCAGAAACUGUACCCUGCCUCUAAAAAAUGAAACAAACCUGUUACCAGAGGAGAUGAUGAACUCAGCACUGUAUAAGGAUCCAGUGGAUCCCGCCAAAUGGUUUGGAAUCAGGAAAGAUGCCACUGUACUGGGAUACAGCAAGAACCAUUUAGUUGUGCUGAUGUUGUUGGUCUUUGAGGCAACAGUAUAUCGUCACCAGGCUCACCACUACCGUCAGCUCCAGAGAUCUCCGCCAACCAUCCCUGCUCUGUUCCCCAAAGCAACCAGGGAUACUUUGGACAACGGUCUCAUCCCCUGCCUCAAGUACCUGCUCAACUACACCUUCUACAAGUUCGGUUUAGAGAUUUGCCUCUUGAUGACGGUUAAUGUGAUUGGCCAGAGGAUGAACUUCAUGGUGAUCAUCCAUGGCUGCUGGUUGGUAGCCAUCGUGGUAAGGCGACGUCGAGCUGCUAUUGCAAAGAUCUGGCCCAGAUAUUGUCUCUUCCUGUCCGUCUUCAUGAUCUUCCAGUAUGUACUGUGCGUCGGCAUACCGCCUGUUCUCUGUAUAGACUACCCAUGGCGUGGGAAGACUCCAGUGUUGAUGAACUCGGCCCUCAUAAAGUGGAUCUACCUGCCUGACUUCUACACUGUGCCAAACGCCAGAAACCUCAUAGCGGACUUUGUGCUGCUGAUGUGUGCGUCACAGCAGUGGAAGGUAUUUGGGUGUGAGCACACGGAGGAGUGGAUGGUUCUGGCUGGAGAAAACACAGAUGACCCUGAACCAAUGGAUGGUCCACUAUUUAACCCUGCACCCAACUUUAUUUACUGCAGGAGCUACCUCGACAUGGCCAAGGUCUUGGUGUUUCGUCACCUCUUCUGGUUGGUGCUGUCGGUGGUCUUCAUCACUGGGGCCACCAGGAUCUCUGUGUUCGGACUCGGCUACCUCCUCGCGUGCUUCUUUUUCCUUCUGUUUGGGACGCGGCUGUUUGUCAAAUCAUCCAGAACACGCCUGGCUCUGUGGGACUGUCUCAUCAUUUACAACGUGGCAGUCAUUAUAUCUAAAAACACAUUAUCAAUCCUGGCGUGUGUGUUUGUGUUUGAGAUGCAGCAAGGCUUCUGUUGGGUGAUUCAGCUUUUCAGCCUGGUGUGCACAGUCAAAGGCUAUUAUGACCCGAAAGCAGUGAGUGACAAGACCUGCAGCCUUCCAGUGGAAGAGGCCGGUGUUAUCUGGGACAGCAUUUGUUUUCUCUGCCUCCUGCUGCAGAGGAGGGUCUUUCUUAGUUUCUACUUCCUGCAUGUGGUGGCAGAGAUACAGGCCUCGGCAAAACAGGCCUCCAGGGGUUUCGAACUUUUCAAAGCCAGUAUUUUGAAGAACAUUCGGUUCCACCAACAAGCUGAGAGGAAGUCGUUGACACAGCUCAAGAGUUCAAUGCAGAGAAUCCGCUCGAAGCAGCAGAAGUACAAAGAAGGACACAAAACCAGUGAAGAAUCUGAAAAGAGUGCCACUGACGAGAGGGAGAUUCAGACAGACAAGAAGAAGUCCAGAAAGACAAAGUGGCAUCAGCCAUGGUUAGACCACGCUACAGUGCUCCACUGCGGAGACUACUACCUGUUUGAAUCAGACAGUGAAGAUGAAGAUGACCUCCAGUCUGAAGAGCAAAGGCCUCAGAAACAAACUGCCUGUCAGUUGGCAUACCAAGCAUGGGUGACGAGUGUGAAAUCAGCUCUGAGAGAGCGACAGAAGCACCAGAGACAGUUGAGAGCAUCUGAGAGUAAAGAGAAGGAGACGGGAGGAGCGAACUCACAACAGGAAGUGUCCCCUGUCAUAGGGAGUGGAGACAAUGAUGUGAUGGAGGACCUUGUCAUCGAGGGGGAGGAAGAACAGGAGUCUGGUCACGGCGAGAUGGUUCAGAGGAUCUUGGAUAUUCUGCGCUUUGUGUGGGCCAUACUUCUAGCCAUGUUGGACGGACUGACUCAGUGGCUCAAUCUGUUGACUAAACAGUACAGAGAUAUAUCCACGGUUCUGUGUAAUGAGCGAUACUUCAUCAUUCACAAGAUACAGCAGAAUCCUACAACAGCAUACUCCAUGGACGACCAGGUCUCUCAGGGCAGCGAGAGUUCCACACUGGAGACCUGUUUGGAUGAGACUGAUGCAGAAAACUCAACCAAAUACAGCUGCAUAGAGCUGGGGAGCAGGGGUUUGACGGACCAGUCUACCUCCAGGCAAAGACUCAACAGCAACGUCUACCUGAGUCCAGAACCCCCAUGUAGCAGCACAGAGCUGUUACUGUUACCACCUAAACAACACAGACACUCCAGAACUGCUAGUGAACUGCUAGGAGACAGGGAGUUCUACAUUGAGGAGCUGGAACAAAGCAGAGAGUUCUACGUCAACCAGAAUCGUCUGCUGAAGCUGUUGUUCUCCUUGUACAACCUGCUGGCAGCCAACUCAGAACUAGUCUGUUAUUUAAUCAUUGUGUUAAACAACGGGGUCAGUGCUUCUGUGAUUUCACUGGUCCUGCCCAUACUCGUGUUCCUGUGGGCUAUGUUGGCUGUCCCAAGACCAACAAAGAGGUUUUGGAUGACUGCUAUAGUCUACACAGAGGUGAUGGUGGUUGUCAAAUACCUGUUCCAGUUUGGGUUCUUUCCCUGGAACAGUGUGCAUCAAAUGACCCUGAAUGAAGACAAACCCUUCUUCCCACCUCGCAUCCUCGGCCUGGAGAAGACUGACAACUACAUCAAAUAUGAUCUUCUUCAGCUGCUCAUCCUUUUCUUCCACAGAGCUCUUCUCAUGCGUUACGGCCUGUGGGACCACGAGGGCCCCCUAGAAGAGCAAACUUCCCAAGAAGAAAGUUGUAAUGAGGAAGAAAACAGCAGACAAGCAAAGGAAAGUCGGAAGAAAGGAGGAGGAGGAGGAGAUGGAAUUGAAAAGGAUGCUGUGGAUCAUGUUGAAUCGAGUACCGAUUCUACUGAUGCGACCGUGCAACCUCAUGCAGCCGAACCAGUACCGACUGAAUCUAAAGAUGAAGAGGAAGGGCUGAAGGACAUGUCCAAUCUUCCCAGCAGGACUGUGGAGGAUAAAAUGGAGGAAGGCAAUGAGCUUCUGGAAGAAGACCUGAAGAAAAGUAGUCGUGCACGCUUGCGGAAGAAAGUUAAACAACCCAAAACACAGAACAGCAAAGCUGAGGACGAAGUUACCGAUGAAGAUCCUGUGAAGAAGAAGCACAAAAGCAAGAAGAGGGAGGCAGCUAGCCAGAGAUUGAUGGCCAUAGGAAAAAAGAUCCAACAUGUCACUGUCUCUGGUGUUCAGAGUGUUUACAGGCCGGUUCAGUGUUUCUUCAAGGGUAUCCUCCAACCUGAAUAUCGAGCUGCCACUGACGUCUACGCUUUCAUGUUCCUGACGGACGUCAUCGACUUCAUCAUCGUCAUCUUUGGGUUUUGGGCUUUUGGGAAACACAGUGCAGCAGCCGAUAUAGCCUCCACCCUGUCAGAGGACCAGGUUCCUGAGGCCUUCCUGGUUAUGCUGCUGAUCCAGUUCAGCACGAUGAUCAUCGACAGAGCCCUGUAUCUGCGCAAGGCUGUCUUGGGAAAACUCAUCUUCCAGGUGACUCUUGUGUUUGGGAUCCACCUGUGGAUGUUCUUUAUCCUGCCUGCUGUCACUGAAAGGAAGUUCAAUCAGAACUUUGUGGCCCAGCUCUGGUACUUUGUCAAAUGCAUUUAUUUCGGCCUGUCAGCCUACCAGAUCCGCUGUGGAUACCCCACUCGCAUCCUGGGAAACUUCCUCACCAAGAAAUACAACCACCUCAACCUUUUUCUGUUCCAAGGGUUUCGUCUGGUGCCGUUUCUGGUGGAGCUGCGAGCCGUGAUGGACUGGGUUUGGACCGACACCACUCUCUCUCUUUCAAACUGGAUGUGUGUGGAGGACAUUUAUGCCAACAUCUUUAUUAUUAAAUGUAGCCGUGAGACAGAGAAGAAAUACCCACAACCUAAAGGACAAAAGAAGAAGAAGAUAGUGAAAUAUGGCAUGGGUGGACUCAUCAUCUUCUUCUUGAUCUGCAUAAUCUGGUUCCCCCUUCUGUUCAUUUCAUUGGUCAGAUCAGUGGUGGGAGUGGUCAACCACCCCAUUGAUGUCACAGUGACUGUGAAACUGGGAGGAUAUGAGCCCCUGUUCACCAUGAGUGUGCAGCAACAGUCCAUCCAGCCCUUCACGGAGGACAAAUAUGACCAACUCACCCAAAAAUUUAAAGAUGACGCGGUAGCAAUGCAGUUCAUCAGUCUCUACAGUUAUGAGGACAUCGUGACAGCCAAGAUUGAAGGCAGUUCAGGAUCCGUAUGGAGGAUAAGCCCCCCCAGCAGAGAUGAAGUUAUUAAAGAACUACUCGAAAGUCGUGUUGACCUUACGUUACGUCUGGCCUGGAAUUUCCAGAGGGACCUGGGUAAAGGAGGGACUGUGGAACAUACCUUUGACAAACACUCUAUCGACUUGGAGCCCCGUAACCAAGUCAGACUUGAUCUCGCCUCACUACUGGCCGGCAAUCGCUCUGAGCCUGUGCGUGUUCCCAACAUGUUUCCCGAAUACAUCAGAGCACCUAAUGGAGCGGAGGCCAAACCAGUUAGUCAGCUCCACAAAGGUGAUGAAGAUGGUUACCUGGAUAUAACUCUGUCCCUGAAGAGUGACCAGUCACUGAACAUCAGCGGGAACAGGGAGUGGUGGGACAUUGCCAUUGCAAGCUGUUCCCACGCCCCAUGUGGGGUUCUACCAAUGACCAUCUUCAAUGACAAAGUCAGUCCACCCAGCCUGGGCUUCCUGGCUGGAUACGGCAUCAUGGGCCUGUAUGUGUCUGUGGUCUUAGUAAUUGGAAAAUUUGUGCGUGGCUUCUUCAGUGAGAUCUCCCACUCCAUCAUGUUUGAGGAAUUACCCUGUGUGGAUCGUAUCCUGAAGCUCUGCACGGACAUCUUCCUGGUGCGGGAGACCGGAGAGCUGGAGCUGGAGGAGGAACUUUACUCCAAAUUGAUCUUCCUCUAUAGAUCUCCAGAGACUAUGAUAAAAUGGACAAGGGACAUCUACAGCCGAGACCAGGACAGAUACUGACUGAAGAGAUGAUAUUAGUUAAUUAAUGAAGCACACAGUGAAGACAUGGAGGUGAAAGCACAAGGAGAAGCUCUUCUGAACUAAUCCGACCAGAAUAGACAUUAACUUACUGGGAAACACAUCCAAUGUGUUCCUGCUGAUGUAUGAAACAUUGCUUGUUUCUGGACACCUUUUGCUGGACAUCAGAAGCUGUUGCAUAUUCACAGUGGCCUCAGCACCCUGCAUUGAAGACGUUUAAGAGUGGAUUUACAGUCCUGAAGAGGCUGCGGACAGAUAUCUGUCCUGCAGGAUUGACCAAACAUCCAUGUGUACAGACGUAGGGCUGAGGUCAAACACAGGACGCACUUUAGUUAUGCUGUAAAUCAUUGUAGGUAGACCAUCUGGGAUUAUGAUUUCUGUAUGCUGAACAAUGUUGAAACACUAUGCUGUCAAUCAGACAUGGAAUGGUUUUAAAGUAAUGAAUUCAUGUGAAACAAACAAA